AUGUUCGAGAGCAGGGAGCCGAUCCAGCUGUUACAGCCCGACCGUUCCUUAUCUCCCCGUCUGACCCAUUUGACGUUUGGAAUUUCCCGACGGUUGGAUUCUUCCGAUCCGUCGCACCGCCACCGUCGACCUCACCAUCCUUCUCACCGUCCGUCUCUCGAGGCGCGGUUCCAUCACUCUCUCUCGACCUCCCGCGUUCGCGACUCGUUAAUGCACGACGAGCCGCCCCACCAGCUGCAGCAGCCGCGCCAGCAACGGCACGCCGCGAGCCUUGCGGCUGCAACGGCGGCGCGGGAGGAAGAGGACGACAGGAUGGACGCGGAGGAGGAGAAGGAGGAGAAGGAGGAGGAGGAGCGAGGGGAGGAGGAAGGCUACCGAGAGAAACGUAAGGAACGGGGGGAAGGAGUGGAGCGAGAGGAGAAGGCGACAUUAACGCAAGGGGAAGGCGUGAUUAAUUCUGAUCCUUCUACUACCAUAAUCAGACCAUCUGGCAUAGAAUACCCGAAGGCGGGAUUAGCCAUGGCUGACGGUGCUAGUGCCGGGGAGGAAGUCGUGACGGACGUGUUGACGGACUCGUUCGGGCGGCAGCACAGCUACCUGCGCAUCUCGCUGACAGAGAGGUGCAACCUGCGGUGCUCCUACUGCAUGCCCGCCGAAGGGGUGGAGCUCACUCCGAAAGAACACUUGCUUUCAACGGACGAGGUCAUUCGCCUGGCGGCUGUGUUUGUGUCGCAAGGCGUGACUAAGAUAAGGCUCACAGGCGGCGAACCCACAGUCAGACGAGACAUUGUGGACAUUUGCCAGUCGCUCUCCGCCCUGCCAGGCCUCAGCACCCUGGCUCUCACAUCAAACGGCAUUCUUCUUCCCGCAAAGCUGCCAGCGCUGAGGGAGGCGGGCCUCACCCACCUGAACGUGAGCCUGGACACCCUGGUGGAGCCCAGGUUCGAGCUGCUCACGCGCAGAAAGGGGCAUGCGCGCGUCCUUAAAGCCAUGGACAUGUCUCUGGAUCUGGGCUUUAAGCCGCUCAAGCUCAACUGUGUGGUGAUGCGAGGGGUGAACGACGACGAGAUUCUCGACUUUCUCAACUGUGUGGUGAUGCGCGGGGUGAACGACGACGAGAUCCUGGACUUUGUGGCGCUCACCAGAGACCGUCUCACUCACCUUCUCUUCCUCCUCCCCUCUCUGUCCUCUUUCCCCCCACCCCCUCCCCUCCUCAUCCAGCUCAACUGUGUGGUAAUGCGCGGGGUGAACGACGACGAGAUCCUGGACUUUGUGGCGCUCACCAGAGACCGACCCAUCAACGUGCGGUUCAUAGAGUUCAUGCCGUUUGACGGCAACGUGUGGAAGACCAAGAAGAUGGUGCCUUACGCUGAGAUCAUGGCCCGCAUUAGGCAACGCCAUCCCGACAUUGCCCGCCUCAGGGACCACCCAUCUGACACGGCGAAAAACUUUCAGGUGCCCGGAUUCGCGGGCAGCGUGUCGGUGAUUUCGUCCAUGACCAGCCACUUCUGCUCCGGCUGCACUCGCCUGCGCCUGCUGGCCGACGGGAACCUCAAAGUCUGCCUGUUUGGCCCCAAUGAGGUGAGUUACUGCUGGGUGGAGGGGUGGCCUCUCCACUUCUGCUCCGGCUGCACUCACCUGCGCCUGCUAGCUGACGGGAACCUUCAAGUGUGUUUGUUCGGGCCCAAUGAGGUGAGUCUGAGGGAUGCGCUGAGGCAGGGAGCAACGGAAGAGGAGCUGCUCUCCCUAAUCUCUGCUGCGGUACGUCACCACCCUGUGUGCUUCGACUGA